UAACGUAAAUAAUAAACAUAAUAUUGUUAAUAUUAUAUUAUUAGUCAUUAGAUACGUAUGAACUAUGAAGCCUUUACUCAUUACUUUAUUGUAAGAAAACUUAAUAUUCCUAGAAUCGUUACAAACAUGAGUUCCGGAUUUGUUUCUGAAACAGAGCUUGCAGAACGACGCAGAAUCCGUCAAGAAGAAUGGGACAAAGUUAGAACGGCUGAACAGCCUUUGGUGGUGCCUGAAGAAGAAUAUGAUCACCGAUCAUUGUUUGAUAGACUUGAAGAACAGCGCAGAAAAAAAGAAUACGAAUAUGAAGAAACUCAUAAGCUCAAAAACAUGAUAAGAGGUCUGGACGAUGAUGAAGUAGGAUUUCUUGAAUUGGUUGAUAAAACAAAAAUGGAUGAAGAAAGACGUCAGCUAAUCGAGGAGGCCAGACAGAUUGAAGAAUAUCGUUCAAAAGUAUCAAAUCUACAGUGUGAAACUACAGUUUCUCCAUUAAUGGCCCCUAUUUCUAAACCACAGACUUUGAAUAGUAGUGUGUAA